CCUUGGUUGGUAAACUUACUCUUCAUUAUUCUUCAUUGUGUGUUUUGACACAUACAGAUACUGUUUUGCAGUCGUUUAUUUAUUAUAAGGGUUUGUAACCCGCCACUUAACUGGAUAACAUCUUUUUAACACACAAAGGCUGUAAUCAGUUAGAAAAAGAGAAAAGACACUAUUUCAUCUUAAGGUCGGUUGCUUGGAAAAAUGUCUCGCUUUGUUUAUAGAAAAACCGCUUUGCUCGACUCAUUGCUGCAUUUAAAUCACGCUGCCUCCUCUUACUGUUGUUUACUUUGCUCCCGUGCGUAAAGCCGAAUGAGUUCUAUCUGUGCAAAAUCCCUGCUGGCUGCUGUGUGAAUUUAGCCUUCUUUAUGACCCGAAGAGCUCGUUGGUAUUGUUAUUGUGGUGAGAGAGAAAAAGAGGACGCGUGUGUUACACUUGGACUGUGCGUGUGUAUGUCAGUGGUUCAAAUAUCGGGCAUCUAAACUGGUAAGAUUAGGUUUCUUCUAUGUAUAUUACCGUUUUAGAUCGACUGUACAGCCAUUUAGUGAUAUACCGUUAUAGCCUAUUACAACAGGCCUUCUGUUAGGCCCAUUGUCGGACGCACGACACAACAGUAGCCAAAAUGUGCGGAAGAAUGAGGUGAACAAAUCCGUGUCCGAUAAUGGAUCCGGCUACUUUUGUAAGUACCCAAAUGCGACCUGAAAUCCUGCUACAGGUUCAAGGCUGACAUCGGGAAGGUUGGCCCAUCGAUGGUUCUAAGGAGAAAAAAAAAUUCCGAGCCCAGCGCACAGCCAAGUGGGCACCGAGGGCCCACGGAAAAUCAGGGUGGGUGUGGUGUGCGUGCUUUUGCAGAGGGCUGGACUUAACGUAACCAAUAAGAAAGUCGUCCGAGGUGCCUGCUCUGCCCGAAGUGUUAUAUACUCCACAUCUCACUACAAAGGUACAUUUAAACAAAACUGUGUGGAGCAGGAAGGCACGAAAGCAGAGAGAAAAACUCAUAUUUGAAGAACAACAACACCUGAUAUUAUCUCGUAAAGAAAAAUCAGCCACACCGGGCAUCGUCUUUUGUAUUUUGGGGGCUGUUUGGAAAGAGUCUGGAGAUGUCCAACGUCCAGUUAUCGAGCAGCGCGCUGGAGAGGCUGGCGGCCAGGAGGACCUUCCCUCUCCACACACGCACAAGCGUGUGUCGCAACCUCUUUGGACCGGUGGAUCACGAUGAAUUGAGCCGGGAAAUGAAAGCCAAGAUGCGGGAGAUUUCUGAGCGGGACCAGCAGAGAUGGAACUUUAAUUUCGAGGCCAACACUCCACUGGUUGGGGAUUACGAGUGGGAAGCGGUGCCGGUGGAUAAGUCCCCGGUAUUUUAUCAGGACUCUAUACAAAACGACAGGACCCGGGUACCUGCGACCUCCGCAAAGCAGAAGCCCACCACGGACUCUGUUCUCCCCGAGACCCCUCGUAUGGAUGUACUGGAGCGCUUGGCCGUGCCGGAAAGCAGCAGCAGCAGCAGCAGCAGCCCCUGCCCGGUGGAGCUCAACCAGGAGAACCGCACAGACAAGCUCAACUCAGGGUCGGCGACUCAGAGACAGCUCUCGUGUGUUAGACGCAAGAGAACGGCAACUACUGACAACAACACACGCAUCACAGACUUCUUCGUGAAACGAAAAAAGGCUGCUGAUAGAAAAACUAAUGAUAUGAGCGCGUGCCACCUCUCCAAGUCUCCAAUACCGGUGGAACAAACUCCACGAAAGCGGAUCCGCUGAAGGUGUUUUUGCACUGCUUGUGCGUCUUUGAGGAUCAAGGGGAAGAUGUUUGUUACUUGCCACUUAAACGCCGGAGAGGAGAGAAAAGGGGCGACGCUGUGGGAGAGAGAGAAGCCCGACGGACCGCUUGCUCCAGCUCCGUGCGCGCCGGCGGAGCGCAGCGUAAAUACCAGACUCUCAGGACUGAACGGUUUGGGUGGGGGGGAGGCAGGGGAAAUGAGAGAAACGUUCGCGGAAUGACUUUUAUCCAGUACAAAUGUAGCAUACAUUGUUGUUUUUGCAUACAGCCACUCGACAGUGUUAAAUGUUUUAACAUCUGUGCAAUCCUAAAUUACUUUAAAAGAUUUGUCUACACUGGCCAAAAGUGUACAGCUUUACAGAGACAACAGCCUAUAAAUGUUUAUUUCUGUUUUUUUUCCCUGUAAAUAUAUAUUUUUAAGUCUAUUCUAACUUAUAAUUUAUUUAUGUUUCUUUAUAUUUGUUAAUUAAAUGCCUUGUUGAUUUAGCCAAAGGGCAUAUUUUUAUUUUAUUAUUUACAGCUGUGAUGUUUUUUUGCAAUCAUGUAGCUUCCCCAUAGUUGUCCACACUUGAACGUAUUUUGUUUUUUGUUUUUUUUGUUUGUUUGUUUGUUUGUCUGAGCCGUUUUAGUGUUUUCAUACAAGUGGCCUAUGUCUUGCAAAG